CUGCUCCUUCUGCACGAGAGUCCUGAGCCUGAGCGACAGCGCGCGAGGUGAAAACACUGAAGAGCGACCUCAACAACUUUCAUUAUUACUGGACAUGUGCAGGAUUUGAGAGGAAAAAAAAACUUUUCAUAACGGGUUAUUUCUGGUCUUCCUUUAGUACAGUGAAAAAAUAAGACUCCACUUUACUAUGUUUUCUGUCAAGUUUCUUGGCUCUGGGAGAGUUUGAAGACGAUUAUAACUCUCUUCGUUUAUUCAACGCUGGAGAUAACGGUCGAGAUUAACAAAUGAGGAAUAACGAGUGUCAACUUUAAUGUAAACAAUAAAGCAACUCAAAAAUUUGAAGAGAGAGAGAUACAUGAAGAGAAAGAAAAUACUUUCCCCCGCGAAACGGGACUCUUGAAAGUUUGUUUUGCGCGAGCACUAAAAGAUGCAUCACUGAAACCACACUUUUACCGAGUGACCAUCGCAGGGUAAUUUCUAGUCGCCUGGCACCUGGCUCCAGAACAGAUGUCCAAGGAGGACCACAGCCACAGUGCCAGCCCGCCCAAACAUUCAGAUGGAGCCCAACCGGACAGCCGGCCCCAGGAAACUCUCACCAACCCAUGCCCAGGGAAUGAAACCGGUGAGCAGACAGCACAGAAUUCAAACACUCCACCCAUGGAAAAGACAGGAGAUGUGGAGAAUGGCAACAACAACAACAGCCUGUCCCAACCAGACCUCACCAGCACUCCUGGCAAAAGCAUAAUAUAUCAACCUCAGGCACGCUCUACACCCAUACACCCCUCGCUAGCUAGCUCGACCGAAUCGGCUGCGCUGCUGAGGAGAGACAGCAAGCCACACAGCAAUGGGGUCAGAAACGGAACAUUUUCACGAGCCGCCUCCUCGUCCUCCUCAUCUUCAUCCUCAGCCCAUAAAAACCCCAAGAAGCUGCAGUCGAACCCAUCCAUCAACAGUCAGAGGAGCAAAGGUAGCUCCAAAUCCAACAGCUCCCAGAUCCCCACAGAGGCUCAGGAUGAUUGCUGUGUCCACUGCAUCCUGGCCUGUCUGUUCUGUGAGUUCCUCACACUGUGCAACAUCAUGCUGGACUGCGCCACUUGCGGCUCCUGCGCAUCAGACGACUCGUGCUUCUGCUGCUGCUGCGCUUCAGAGGAAUGUGGCGACUGCGACCUGCCCUGUGACAUGGACUGCGGCAUCAUCGACGCGUGCUGCGAGUCUGCAGACUGCCUGGAGAUCUGCAUGGAAUGCUGCGGCCUGUGCUUUUCCUCCUGAGACUCCCAUAGGGGGCGCUGCCUCUUUCACUGUUUUGAGAUCUGAGAAACAGGCAAAGAAAGACAUCAAUGAUCUAGAGUGGCUGCAGACCUACUUGGAGUUGUGAGUUACAGUCUAGUAGCUUUCU